CUGAGAAUCACCUAAACUCCCCCUCAGCAUUCGUUUUCUCCUUUUCCUACCCAUCAAUCCCCUCUCUCUGGGGCUCUUUGCAUCUGUUUUGUCCAUGCGAGUCCCGCGUUCAUCAUAAUGUUCUCCUCGUCGAAUUCCUACCUCGGCGGUGGUGGUGCUGGCCGUCCAGGCCAGGCACCAUUCAUGCAGCAGCAACAGCAGCAGCCCUCAUACUCGCAAUUCCCCCAGGGUCAACAGCAAGCCCCAAUUCAGCAGCCACAGCCAACAGGCUUUGCGCCUCAGCCUACUGGUUUCGCCGGACAGCCCUCGCCAUUCGGUAGCGCGCAACUUCAACCCCAGGCCACCGGAUUCCCCGCGGGCCAGCUCCAGCCGCAAUUCACUGGCUUCCCUGGCCAACAACCACAGCAGCAGCAACCUCAACUGCAACAGCAACAGAGCUUCCAGCAGCCUCAAUAUACCGGAUACCCUCCUCAGAACCAGUCGCAGCCGCAAGCCCCGCAACUGCAGGUGUCGCAACCUACGGGUCUUCCUACCCGCUUGAAGACAUCGUCUGAGAUUGCGAACUCUUUCCAGGCCGAUGGCGCCUCUGGACCUCGUCCCCAGGUCCCACCGAAGACUGGUUCGAGAAUCCCGAGCAUCCGGCUCUCGUUCAUCACUGCGCAGGACCAGGCCAAGUUCGAGCAGCUCUUCAAGUCGGCGGUUGGUGAUAGCAAGACAAUGGAAGGUGACAAAGCAAGAGACCUCCUCAUGCGCUCGAAACUCCCCGGUAGCGAUCUCUCCAAGAUCUGGGUGUUGUCAGACUCCACCAAGUCGGGCCAGCUGUUCUUCCCUGAAUUCGCGCUGGCCAUGUACCUUUGUAACCUGCGGUUGACCGGUCGUGAGGUCCCUGCGGCGUUGCCCGAUACAAUUAAGAAUGAGGUUUCCAGUAUGGUUGAUAUUAUCUCCUUCGAUGUGCCCGACACCCAGCCCGAGCCCGCCCCGCGCACCAACGCCCCCAGCUUUGAUGCGCCACUGCUUCAGAACAAGUCGACUCCUCCGAUCGUUCAGCAGCCCCAGCCUCAGCAGGCCAGCAACCAGCAGCUUCUGUCGCAGUUGACUGCCCAGCCCACUGGGUUCUUCCCCCAGCAGACCGGCCUGCAGCCCCAGCAGACAGGCUUCCCCGGACAGAAUCAGUCGCAGUUCCUCCAGCCGCAGCAGACUGGAUUCCUGACCAACCCGCAGGCUACGGGGUACACCGGACCUCGCCCUCCCAUGCCACCUAUGCCCACCGGAUUUGGAUCGAAUCUCAGCCCUGCUCAGACUGGUGGACUGGCGGUUCAGCCCACCGGGUUGACUGCUCAGCCUACUGGAAUUCCUGGACAGUGGGGCUUCAUCAACACCCCAGCGCAGGGAUUGCCCAACAUUGAGGCCAUGAAGCAGCAGCUCAUGCCCCAGCCUGGGCGUGAGGGUGGUUUCACUACUGCCAACCUGUCUGGAAACGCUACCGUUGCCUGGGCUAUCACCAAGGAAGAGAAGAAGAUUUACGACGAUCUCUUCCGUGCUUGGGACGGUCUCCGCAAGGGUUUCGUCGGUGGCGAGACCGCUAUUGAGAUUAUGGGGCAGAGUGGAUUGAACCGCAAGGAUCUGGAGCGCAUCUGGACUUUGGCCGACCCGCACAACCGUGGUCGUCUCAACAUGGAUGAGUUCGCUGUGGCUAUGCAUUUGAUCUAUCGUGCUUUGAACGGUUAUCCCGUUCCUAGCCGCCUGCCUCCCGAACUGAUUCCCCCAUCCACGAGGCACUUGAACGAGUCUAUCGGCACCGUCAAGUCCCUGUUGUCCCAGGAUGCGGAGAACCGCAAGGCUACGGGGGCUUUCUUGCAGCCCCAGAAGACUGGCGUCAGUUAUCUCAAGGACCACUCUUUCCGCGGCGGCGGUGCUACCUCCCCUGGCGUAGGUCGCAAAGAUGCAACAAUGUUCAAAAACAAUGACGCUGCUGGUGGCUAUCGUUCUAGUGCGCGUCGCCGUGUUGGUCAGGACGGCCGCACUCCCUCUCCUGCACCCUCUUCCCAAGCCUCUGAGACCGAUGAGCUGUCUGUGGAGCAACUACAGAAGAAGAUCCGUGAAGCUAAGAUCAUGCUUGAUGCCGUGGACUUCCAAGACGAGAACCGUGCCGAGGAUGAUGAUGCCCUCGAUCGUCAGGACCGCCGUGAGGCUGAGAGCCUGAUGGACCGAAUCCGUCGCGUUCAGGAUGAUAUUGAUACUCACCCGAAUGCUGCAUUCCGUGGAUUGGACAAUGGAGCCGAGCGUCGAUCCCUCCGUCGUCAGCUACAGGCUUACGAGGACCAGGUCCCCCAGGUCGCAUCCGAUGUUCGUCGUCUUGAGCGUGAGAUCGCCGAUGCCAAGCUUGAGCUUUUCCGUCUCAAGGAUGCCAAGGCUCACCCUGGCAGCGCUGGCAACAUCGUCGGUACCGGUCCCGGUGGUUCGAUCACCGAGGCCGAUCGCAUCAAGGCUCGCGCCCGUGCCCGCAUGCAAGCUCGUGCUGCUGAGCUUGCCGGCCGUCCUAUUCCUGCCGGCGCGGAUGAUGACGGCCAAGCUGCUCGCCGUCUGGAGGCUGAGAACAACAAUGUGAAGGCUGAACGGGAGCGCAACGAUACCAUGACCCGGGAUGUCGAAGAGAGUGUUCGUGACUUUGCCAAGAGUCUCGAAGACAGCCUCCGUGACCAGGGUGAGAACUCCACCCGCGAGCAUGAGAAACGUCGCUGGGAGGAUGCCCUUGGUGUGGAGGAUACCAUUCGUGAUUUCAUCUACGAUCUCGGCCGCAACAGCCGGACCGCUCACAUCCGUAAGGAAGAGCGUGAACGACCUGCUACGGAUUCGAGUGCUCAGUAUCGCUCUCCUACCGAGUCGCCCGCUGCUCGUCCUUCUAUGCCACCUUCCACUCCUUCGUCGGGCUCAUACCCUGGAAACACGCACGAGGACCGCGUGGCAGCCGCGAGAGAGCGCGCUCAGAAGCGCAUUGCUGAGCGUAUGGCCGCCGCUGGCCUGAAGCCCAAUGACGCUACUGAAACUUUGGCGCAGCGACAGGAGAGGGAGAAGCGUGAGCGCGAAGAGCGUGUCAAGCGUGCGGAGGAGGAAGAUGCUAAGCGUGAGGCGGAGCGACAACGCCGUUUGGCUGAAGAGCGUGGUGGUCCCGCCCCGGCUGUUUCCAAGACUGCUGGCAAGAAACCACCUCCCGCACCGCCUACUCGUCGGGCUCGCACCGAUAGUGCCGGUCAGGGUGAUUCGAAGAAGGCGGAAGAGGUUGCUCGUGAGCAGGCUAUCAAGGAGGAGCAAGAGGUUCAGGAGGCUGAGACCAAGCGUCUUGAGGACGAGGCCAAGCAGCGCGAGGAGGAAUAUCAGAAGCAGAAGGAAGCUCAAGAGGCUAAGCUACGCGCUCUUGAGGAACAGGUUCGACAGGGCAAGAUCAAGAAGCAGGAAGAGAAGCGUCGCAGGGAAGAAGCUUCCCGCCAGGCCAAGGAACAGGAGGCUAGACUUGAGGCCCAGCGUGCCGAGCUUGAGGCUGCCAAGGAACGUGAGCGUCAGCUGCAGCGCGAGCUGGAGGGUAUAGAUGAGGAUUCUUCAGAUGAUGAAGGCCCUGUCAACAUCACCCCCCAGGACAGCACUCCUACGCAGAGCCAAAUUCUGUCUGCUCCUCCAAUUCCUGCUAUUGCUGUCCCCGAACCCGUUGAGCCUGCGCCUGCUCCGGAAGCCGAGAAGGUCGUCAGCCCGGACAGCUUCCCAGCCACUACACCCGAUGCCGAGUCGAAGAACCCCUAUUUCAAGUCCCGGGGCCAGCAGCCCUCUGAGCCAGCCACCUCGCCACCAACUGCUCAGUCCACCAACCCCUUCCACCGUCUCGCGCAGCAAGAGAAGCAGGAGCCCAUCAAGCCCACCUUCACCGGAGCCGUCCCCUUGGAGCGCAAGACUCGUGCCCGGCCCGAGAGCGAUGAUGACUGGUCUGCCGCUGGCUCUGAAUUCGAUUCCUCUGACGAGGAAGAUGAUCACCCCGGCGGCGGGAGUGCCAAGCAGCUUGCCAGCAUCUUGUUCGGCACCAUGGCCCCUCCCCGUCCCCUGAGCGCUAUGGAUGAAGACAAGUCCGUUACUCCAGUGCAAGCCAGCCCUAUUGCUCCUCCCCCUCCCCCUCCCGCGGCCAUUUCACCUCCUGCAGUUGAAGAAGCUUCUUCUCCCGCCCCUCCAGCUGGCAUUCCCCCUCCACCACCACCACCACCUCCUCCACCUCCUGCUACCGGAGCCCCAGCUGCCGCUCCCCCUCCCCCUCCUCCUCCUGUUGGCGGAGCCCCUGCCGCACCACCACCCCCGCCGCCUCCAUUCGGAGCCCCCGCUGCGCCCCCUCCACCGCCUCCUGCUGGUGGAGCCCCCGGAGUUCCCCCACCGCCUCCUCCAGCCGCGGGUGGGUCCGGCGACAACCGAUCCGCGCUCCUCGCCUCCAUCCAGGCGGGCAAGGGCCUCCGAAAGGUGCAGACCAACGACCGUAGCACGAGCUCCUCGGCUGGCCGUGUGCUAUGAGGUAUCGUGAUACAACAUAUUGUACAGAAUUAGGGGAACUGGGUAUUUUUCUUCUUGGACUGGAAGCAUAUCAUCUUCAAUUUUUAGUAAAUCAGAUGUUAUGAUGAGACGCGAUGGAUGGAUGAUGGUGAUGGAGAUGAUCAUGGGUGGAGAGUAUUUAGCUUGUGUAUGUCAUUCAUAAAAUUUAUUAGCCCUUUUUGCUUGAUGGUGGCUUCUUCACUGUGUUUGAUUUACGUAUUGCUUGGGGCUUCAUUGUGACCUUUCAGCCCCUCAAGUGCAGAUGUGUCAAGUGGCGUUUUUCAGUUGAGAUCCAUUCCCCACGGAGCGUCUCUUGAGCAGGAACAGUUUACUACUAUGCCGGGCUCCACUGCAGCAACAUCUAGAUCUGAGGAACUCCACAUGCCAGAGCAAAACAAGCAUAUGACUUCAUUCGGCUUGCUAUAAACAGACAACCCUUAUUGGGAAUCCGCAAUAUACUAUCUGC